AUGGACCUGGUGCGGAAAUUCAAGCGGCGAUUGCGCAGCAUUGGCGGCGCGAGUGGAAUCACCGCGACAGCCGGUGCGAGGGGGAGUUCCGCGGAAUGCGCGGGUGACUGGCCGUCUGGCGUCAUCAGCAAGUCCUUCUCCGUUGAAUGCGGCGCUCCUCACGCUGGUCCAAACCCGUUGCUAGGAGCAACUAACUCACAUACUCGUCCAGUUCCAAAGAUUCACAGCAGCAAUGCUACCAGUGAUAGCCGUCUACAGGGGAAGGAGCUCCAGCUCGAAGCUUCUGGCGUGACUAUAUCGGAAGAGGAGGACCGGCGGCAACGGUCGUCAAGGCCGCCGAGGCAAACGCAGCGCGCGGUAUCGCAGCAGCAACGGGACGCUGGGGCAGGAAAAACAGGCCAGCGUUGCCGCGCCGACGAAUGCGCCGGCGACGCCGGCGAAUCUGGCGCGGAUCACUCGCGGGAAUCGAGGAGCGACGCGGAAGACUGCGGGUCGGACGAGAUCAAGGGUGAUGAUCUGCAGCGGCGGCACACGUGGCAAGUUCAGUCGCAGCGUCACCCGUCCGACAUCGCCGCUGCAGCCUUGCCAGAGUCCGCGAAAGCUUUCGCACACAAUCGCCAUUCUAAUGGUAACCGUAACGACGAUUUUUCUUAUGAGUUCGAGCAAUCCGCGAGUUUCACGGCGUUGGGGUCUCUGCCAGCGAGCGGUGCAGCGGCCCUGCCGCCGCGUCUCACGGAAGCGCAGCUGCUGCUGAUACAGGCGGCGCAGCAUGCAAGCAGCAGCGGGAUGGCGAUCGACUGGGCACGUCAGCAGCAGCAGCAGCACCGGAAAGUGACCGAGUGGCUCGGAACGCUGUCGGACCCAGUCGAGCCUCUCACCGAAACCCCGUUCGCGAGCGCGGAACUUCCGCACGAAACGAGUGAUUCUAAAGCGAGUCACGAGGCCGCCGCGGCCUCGCUUGCGGGUCGCGUGCCUCGCGUCGCCUCAUGCGUUUCGCCUUCUGAUUCCGACGGGCGCGCCGCGUCGCUCAACCCGCCGGCCGACGGAGACAUGCUGGCGACGGUCAACCGGCAACUAAAGCUGGAAUGCGCCGGCAGUCCGUCUGGAACGCCGAGUCCCGGGGUACCAAGCCCGCGCGGCGUGAUAAUGCGGGGCAGCGGUGGCACGGGGAGCAGCGGGGACGGGGAAGAGGCGGAAAACGAUCGGCGGAAAGCGAACGGGCGGAGAGAUUGCGAAGCUAUCAAGGCGGAAGCGAGGGAUGAUUGGGUCCCAGGUUGCGAGCGGACGGCGCGGCGAGAUUGCAAGGGGAGCUGCAGCGACGGGGACGGCAGCGAGUGUGGCGGCGAUCUCGAGGGCGGUUCGCCCAGCGGAAAGUGGGGAGCAGACGACGCCGUUUGCAAAUCAAAGCAGCCGGGAGCGAUCGACAACGCGUCGCUAACAAGCGUGCGCGUCGCGUAUAAUCAGCUCGUGGCGACCCGCCAGUCGGAGCAGGUGCGCGGGGCGAAGGCGCUGCGGGACCUGGCGCGGGAGAGCGACGCGGUGCGGAGCUCAAUUGUGGCCGUCGGCGCAAUCCCCGCGCUCGUCUCGAUCGUGAAUCUCGCCGCAUCUGCUCCUCACGCUGCCGCCACCCGCGACACCACCGUCGCUUCGCUUAUGGUAGACAGUGGCGGCUGCGCGACGCCAACUGGCGCGUCGCUCAGCGUGCGGCCACGGCUGGUGCACGCAGGAGCCGUGCCGCUGCUGCUGGAGCUGGUCGGCCAUGCCGCAACCUCCCACCUCACAUGCAGCAGCAGCAGAUCGCGCGGUGCAGAGAGGAGGACGCAGAGGACAAGCCGCACGGAGGACGAUGCAGUGGCUACUGCCGAACGGGCACUGGCAGUGCUGGCGUUGCUGGCAGAGAGCGAGGAGGGCAGGGCGGAGGUGCAGCGCCGAGGGGGGAUGGAGGUGCUCGUGGGGGUGGUGCGCGCAGGCGGGCCCUCAGGGACGUGUGUGGAGCGGGCUAUAGCAGGGCUGACGGCCAUGGUGGGGGGAAGCCUGGCUUGCAGAUGGGAGGUGGCUAAGAUUGGAAUGGAUGGGGCAGUAAAGGAAGUGGCUAUUCAUGGAAGCGGGAAAGCCAAGGUUAAGGCAAUAAAGUUUAUGGACAUGCUUCGAGCACCUCCUGCGCUAGGAUGA